AAACAUGUGUACAUACAAUAAAAUAAUGUGUCUGUUAGUGUGGCACAAAUCACUGGAUCUUGGUGCCAGACAUGUCUAGCUUGGUAAAGAAUGUGUCUGCCUCUGCACAUGUGAUGCCUUCAGGAUGAUCAGAAAUUUCCAGACCCCUUUCUAGCAGAGCAUCUGCUAUCACCAGCAGGGGCUCUCCUGAUGCUGUUAAUGGCAAAUCUCUUCCUGUGGGAGAAGGUAUCCUCUGCACCCAUAAAUGCCAGCGAGACUACCCUCAAUGACUUGAAGGACUUGUUUGAUAAUGCAACUGUAAUUUCUGGAAAGAUGGCUGAGCUUGGUUUUGCCAUGCGCAAAGAAUUUUUCAGCAAUUCAUUCUCUUCAGACAUAUUCACUAAUAUUAUAUUAGAUCUGCACAAGAGUAAGGAGAAUAUAAUCAAGGCUUUCAACAGCUGCCAUACUGUUCCUAUCAAUUUUCCUGAAACUACUGAGGAUAUCCGAAUGACCUCGUUUGAAGAGUUUUUGAAAAUGAUUCUUCAGACACUGCUGGCCUGGAAAGACCCUCUGCAACAUCUAGUGACAGAACUCAGUGCUUUGCCAGGAUGCCCUUAUAGUAUCCUAUCAAAGGCCAAAGCCAUUGAGGCUAAAAACAAAGACCUUCUAGAGUACAUCAAAAGAAUAAUAUCCAUGGUUAAUCCUGCAAUCAAAGAAAAUGAAGAUUACCCAAUCUGGUCAGAUUUGGACUCUCUGCAGGCAGCUGAUAAAGAAAUUCAAUUUUUUGCUCUUUAUAUGUUUUCCUUCUGCUUACGUUCUGACCUAGAAUCACUAGAUUUUCUAGUCAAUUUCCUAAAAUGUCUGCUUCUUUAUAAUGAUAAUGUCUGCUACUCAGGAUUUUGAAAAAUUGCAUGAUCUAUCUUGGAAACUUCUACUUUUAUGGCCUUUGAAUAUAUGAUUAAAUCUUAUGUGUCUAUAAAUAAAAGGAGACAUCAGAUAUGUCAAGGAUGGAAA